GGCCAUGACAUGUGCGAAUUAGAGAAUUUUUUUCCCUUCGGCUUCGCAGGUCGCCGGCUCGCCGCUGCUCGCGAAGCGCUCGCAUUCGCCGUCGUCCGCAGACUGCCGCUGCUGCCCGCCGUCGGCCAUCUCUGACGCCUUCCCAGCGAUUCUCCCCGCCCCUACCGCCUCCGCCCCGGCGCCUCUCGAGUCUCGACGUCGACGAUGGAGGGCCGCCUCCUCGACAAGUCCCUGAAUCCGAACAAGCUCCUCAAGGAGCAAUUUGUGAGCAACCUGACGGGGUCCUCCAUGUCGGAGAUCGCGGCGCUCUCCACCAUCGUGCCGGCAUUGGUGGUUCUCAGGAAGUGGAGCAGCGGAGAUAAUACUAGGAGGGAUGCAGCGAAGAAAAAUGAUGAUAAAGUUCUUCCUGUUCGUAAAGAUUGGAUGCAGUACUUCUCUACACUGGUUGUAGAUUAUCUCACUGUUGUAUUGCCAGUUCUUUUGGUUUUCACAGUCUUAGCUGAAUGGGCUUAUACAUGUGCUAUUUCUCUCAUAAUCCUGAUAUCUGUCUACAUCAUGUUUAAAAGGUCUCAGUCUCAUCUUAAAGCUGGACUCAGCCAACCGCCUUCACUCAGAACAGAUAUAUCUUCUUACCGAGUGUCAGUGGUUCUAGUGACAUGUUUGUGCAUACUAGCGGUGGAUUUCAAAAUCUUUCCAAGACGCUAUGCCAAGGCUGAAACAUAUGGUAGUGGCAUCAUGGAUCUUGGAGUAGGAUCUUUUGUAGUGGCUAAUGCACUGGUAUCUAGACAAGCACGAAACAUAACCUCAAUGAGUUUCAGGGCAGCACUGAGUUCCGUAAGUCCACUGGUAUUUCUUGGGUUUGCUCGCAUUAUCUCAACAUCGGGUGUUGAUUAUCAGGUUCAUGUAGGAGAAUAUGGUGUUCAUUGGAACUUCUUUUUCACCCUUGCUGCUGUUUCUAUCCUUACAUCCAUUGUCAGGAUUCAUCCAAAGCAUUGUGGUCUAGUCGGUCUGCUUAUCCUUGCAGGAUACCAGAUUUGGCUAUCUUCUGGAUUGAAUGAGUACCUCAUUUCUGAUAAAAGAAGUGCUGAUAUAAUCAGCCAGAAUAAGGAAGGCGUUUAUAGCAUACUUGGAUACUGGGGUAUGUUUCUAAUUGGUGUUUCUCUGGGUUACUAUCUGUUCGUUGACACUAGUUCAAAAGGCAAGAGCAGGAACACUCAAGUGGUAAAAGUCUGGGUUCUUGCUGCAGCUUUUUGGAUUUUGGCAAUCAUCCUUGAUCGCUAUAUUGAGAGAGUUUCUCGGCGAAUGUGCAACUUCGCUUAUGUUAUGCUUGUUUUCGGCCAGAAUUUUCAGGUUUUAUCUAUCCUCACAUUAGCAGACUUCAUUUCAUAUGAAAAGAACUUGAUUCUUGAAGAUGCAUUCAAUCAAAAUAUGCUUGGUUCAUUCCUUCUGGCAAAUAUCCUAACUGGUCUGGUAAAUCUCUCAGUUGACACGCUCUCUGCCUCUUCGCUGACUGCCUUCAUGAUUCUGCGACACAUCCACCAUAGAUAUGUUGACGAAUUAAAGGCAAUCUGUCAAGCGCUUGUUGUUUCAUUAACUCGGUGCCUAAGUCAGAAUUUGGAUUGAAGAAUCAUAGGUUCGUACUGCUCUAGGCUCUAGCUACCAUUUGUCACGGAUAGAGUUGAAAGUAGGGUUCAGGAAACAGCGUUGUAUUUGAAUGUUACUCUCUGGCUUUCUGCGGAUGAUAUCUGAAGAAUUUGGGUGCCACUUAUGACCUAUAUAUGGUAUAUUCUCUGAUGGAAACCACUUAUUCUUCUUAGAAAGCAGAAAGAUCACAAGUAUCAUAUGUACUGUACCGAGUAUGGCGCAACUUACAUGGAUAAUGUACAGAGAGCAAUGCAGCCGCAUAUGAUCCUAUAUUUGAUCGGUUCAUGUGGCUGCUGAAAGAAAAAAAACGUAUCCCCACCUUAUUUA